AAAAAAAAAGUGCAGGCCUUCUAUAUUUUUUUGCAGCAUUAAAUAUGUGUAUCUGCAAGCUGAGUCAAAAAACACUAAUUAAAAAAACAAACACCUCUUCCUCUGGAUCAAGGUGAUGACAACAAGUGCCCUGAGGUGUCAGAGGAACAGGUUCAGUAAGUUGUUUUCAGUUAGAGGUGUUUGAAUUUCUUAAGACGGUUCCUGUUAGUCUGUUUUCAUUCAUCCCUACAGGUUGCCUAACGCUCACAUAGCUUCAGAUGACCUUGUUAAACACGUAAACUACCUGGAGAUAAUCCCCUCCUUCAGUUAAGCAGGAAAUUUCUUCGAAUUUUAUUGCAUCAUGUUGAGGUUUCAUUUUCUCUUGAGAGCGGUAACAGCAGGACAUUUGAGCGUCGUAGCCUCACGGUGUUGUUGUUGUUGUGGAGGUCAUUACCAAGCGGUCUCUCUCCACCUUUGACAUACACGGACAGAUGUGAGCCUCUUCUAGAAAGCCUUUUCCUUUUUUCCUGGCAUAGGUUAAUUUUUUUCUAGUGUUGUUCCUCGUGUUGUUGACACAGCUGUUAAAGUAAACAUGCAUGAGCUGAGCGUUGGCGGUUGGGGUUCGGCCAAUCUGUGAAGAGGGGAGUGGGAGCCCUGGAGUCGCCUUCACUGAGGUUCUGCUCCUCCAGGAUCCUCAUGUUUUUUGGGACUGGUUGUCAGCAAAGCCGUGAUGUGGUGCUGGAGCCGGUGGAUCUGUGGACUGCUGGCCGGGACCUGGGAUGGCGAGGAUUAUUACAGGACAGUCGGAAGAAAAGAAAGACAGAGCUCGACGCAGGAGAUCGGCGAGGAGGCCGAGGAGGACGCCAUCUUCACCAUCACACUGAGGAAGGUGCAGCUUCACCAGUCGGCCAGCAAAGGGCAGCGAUGGCUGGGCGUGGACACGGACUCCGCCCUGAGCCUCUACGAAACCUGCAAGGUGCGGACCAUCAAAGCCGGCACUCUGGAGAGGCUGGUGGAGUACAUGGUGUCGGCGUUCAAGGGCAAAGACUCCACCUACGUCACCAUCUUCCUCUGUACCUACCGAUCCUUCGCCACCACCAAGCAGGUGCUCGAUCUCCUGCUCAACAGGUAUGCCAAGCUCCAAAAUGUGCCUGCAGCCACAGCACACAGAGUCUCCCAGGACGACUGCACAGAGCUGAGAAACACUGUUUCGUCCAUCCUGGGCGCGUGGCUGGACCAGUACUCUGAGGACUUCUGGAGCCCUCCCAACUACGAGUGUCUACAUCAGCUCCUCGCUUACCUUCACCUCCACUUCCCUGGCUCGGACCUGGAGCGCCGUGCCCGCAACCUGCUGGCCCACUUCCACCGAAGACAGCAGUGUGAGCCUGAUCCUGAUGGUAUGAAGGCAGGACAAGAGAGGGACACCAGAGCAGGGGAACACAUCGGCUGCCCUUUUGCUACGCAGGAAGAGAGCGGCUUUGAGGAUGAGCUUCCUGCUUUCAGUUUCCUGUCGUUUGACCCCAUCAUGGUGGCAGAGCAGUUCACGCUCAUGGACGCGGAUCUGUUCAAGAAGGUGGUUCCCUACCACUGCCUGGGGGGGAUUUGGUCUCAGCGGGAUAAGAAAGGUAAGGAGCACCUGGCUCCCACCAUCAGAGCCACCGUGGCCCAAUUCAACUCUGUCACCAACUGUGUCAUCACCACCUGCCUGAGCAACCCGGCACUGAAGCCCAACCAGAGAGCCCGUCUGCUGGAGAGGUGGAUAGAAGUUGCCCGGGAGUGUCGAAUACUAAAGAACUUCUCCUCGUUGCGAGCCAUCCUCUCCGCCCUGCAGUGCAACGCAAUCCACCGCCUAAAGAGGACCUGGGAGGAAGUGUCACGGGAAAGUUUCCGAACCUUCCGCGAGCUGUCCGAGAUCUUCUCUGACGACAACAAUUACUCCCUGAGCCGAGAGCUGCUGGUGAAGGAGGGCACCUCCAAGUUUGCAACUUUAGAAAUCAACCCUAAACGCGCUCAGAGGAGACACCAGCAGCAGAGAGACCUGGGAGUGAUGCAGGGGACGAUCCCUUACCUGGGGACUUUCUUGACGGACCUGGUGAUGAUGGACACUGCCAUGAAGGAUUACACUGAGGGUGGUCUGAUUAACUUCGAGAAGAGAAGAAAGGAGUUUGAGGUGAUCGCUCAGAUCAAACUGCUCCAGCUGGCCUCCAACAACUACAAUUUCACUCAGGACAGCCACUUCAGGGAGUGGUUCGCCGGCGUGGACAAAUACAGCGAGGCAGAGAGCUACAAUCUGUCCUGUGAGAUCGAGCCUCUGUCAGAGUCGGCGAGCAACACGCUCCGAGGCAAGAAGAACGGAGGAAUCAUGAAGCGCUGGAGCGACCGACAGUUGACGGAGGCCGGUUGCAGCAGUGCCGCAGGCUCUCACUCCAAGUCCUUCGACCACUCGCACUACAGGCCGUACCAAGGAGGAGGGGGGGACAGCGGCGACGCUCUCAGCGUCACCUCUGUCAGCUCGAGCGGAUCAGACCUGGAGGAUGUGAACGCCAGCUUCCUGUCAGACUCACCGGAGGGACAUGAGAGAAAGACGUCGACUCCUUCAGUGAAACUAACUGUCUCAGCACUGGGAAGAGAAGCUCCAGCUGCAGAUACAACCUCAACGUUCUGGGAAUGUACGUCUCUGUCGUCUCUGGACACGUCCGGGAUGGGCUCGAGCUCUGGUUCAGCCUCCGGCUCCAGCAGCGCCUCCUCCUCCUCCGUCUCCUCCUCCACCCCGUUGUCGGCCUCGCGCUCACACAAACGCUCGGUGUCGGCUGUGUCGAACUACUCGACUCUGUCGCUGCCGUUGUACAACCAGCAGGUGGACGACUGCUGCAUCAUCAGGGUCAGCCUGGACGUGGAGAACGGGAACAUGUAUAAGAGCAUCCUGGUGACGAGUCAGGACAAGACUCCGGCGGUGAUCAGGAAGGCCAUGAUCAAACACAAUCUGGAGCGAGAGAAGACCGAGGACUACGAACUGAUGCAGAAAAUCUCUGAGGACAAAGAGCUCCGGAUCCCGGACAACGCCAACGUCUUCUACGCCAUGAACUCCACUGCCAACUAUGACUUUGUGCUGAAAAAGCGCGGCUUGGCACGGCCCAUGCGGGCCAAGAACGUGGCCAGUUCGACGCUGCCUCGCAUGAAACAGAAGGGACUGAAAAUCGCCAAAGGGAUUUUCUGAGGAGACUUCCUCUCUCCUCCUCCUCCUCCUCCUCCACUCACCCUCUUCCUCCUCCUCGAUCACCUUCUCUGGCCUCCACUCGUCAGCUUCUGCUCAGGUGCUUGAGUUUUUGUUCAGACAAAAACUGGACACGCAAGAGGAGGAACGACCAAGCGCACCUCGGGAAGCAGAGGAGCACCUUAACACUUAACUGUCGCGUCGUCGGGACCCUGAGAGGACGUUAAAAGGAACAAACAAACGAGGCGUGUUGGCUGCUUCAGCCGGCUCAUGGAAAAGCAUCAGAUCUCCCGGUCCUUUUACGUUUCGUUUACAGCUGUUUACAUCUUAACAUCAGUUGGUCAGAUCAGUCGUUUCUGCACCUUCGACAAAAACGCUUUUUUUUUCCCUGCUUUUUUUUAAACCAUGUUGCAGAGCCUCGUCCCUGUGUGAUCACUCUGCGGUCUUCAUGCUCGCACCCUCCUGCGUGGAGCAAACACUAACGGACAGAAAGGUGUCUGAAUGUGAUUCUACUUUUUCAGGGAGCUUUUGUUUCAAGCGCACCGCCGCCACCGCUUUUGCCCCGGUGGUCCCUGAUGUCGACAGUGCCUGCAGGACUGCAGCACUUUAAGGUUUCGCUCUCUGCCGCCUCAGCAUUUUAACACCAGCGACGCUGACGCGAGCGUGGAGAGAUCUGGACUCUAUAAACUCCUGAACGCUGCCAUGUUACACAUACACAAAAAUAAAAGGUCACGUGGCCUGAAACAGAGACGUGGUGUCAAAACCAGUGGGCGCAGCCAUGAAUCACAUGCCACUGUUUUCUUUUUAUUAUUAUUAUUAUUAUUAUUAUUAUUAUUAUUAUUAUUAUUAUUAUUAAUUAAUGAAUCGUAACCACUACAUGGAGAAGGAUGCCACAGAGUGGGACAGAAACAUGAGCUGAGAACAAGACACAAAAAAACUGAGUGUAUAUAUCGAUUAACACCAUCUGUGCAGUAUAUUCUUUUCAAACGGACCACGAGAUUUUGUUAACAGACUCGACGCUUUGUUCUUUUCUCUUUGUACAUUUGUUUGCAUCUCUCUCUUUGAUAUGGUGCUGCUACUUAUCUUUCUGAAGACGUCAUAAUGAGCUGCACCUCACGUUUUUGUUUUUUCUCUUCCUCCUGACCACCAGCCGCCAUGUAGGAACACAGAAACGUCUGAGGGACACGAGGCAUUACAGAAAUAAUAAGUAAAAAGGGCCGCUCUGCCCGGUAGAGUCGAUACUCUCUGUUUUAGCUGUGCUUCCAACAUGGCGGCUUGGCUUUCAUAACCAUCAGUUUCCAAAUGUGCCAUGAUGGGCCAGGUGAGCGCUGCGGUAUCAUCUGUGGUUUUUUACGUGUCUGUGAUGGCAGCAGAGUCUUUCCUCUCUGGGCUCUAACUAACAGCACAUGUGGGGGGGAAAAAGUAGCUUUGGGUGAUUUUUAGGUUCUCUGUUCCUGUUAGCGUACAGAAGAGCUCCUGAAUGUUUCGUGCGUAGGCGCCCAGGCGA